AUGUCGCAUUCUCAGCAACCCGAGUCUAGCUCGGCCUCGCAACAGCGAGCUCCUAGCCCGCGACCUUCAUCUCCUGGCCCUCGUCCAACUACACCGCGACUUCAAGCAACCGUCCGCCUUGGUUCGCCAGUACCUGGCCAUGGCUUCCCAGCAACUGUCGUGGGAGCUCGUCCAGCCUCGCCUGCCUCAGUAAUGCAGAAUCCCUUAUCUCAGUACAACUUUCCAGGCGGUAGUGGCUCGCCUCCAAGGUUUGGGACACCUCCACGUCUAGGUACGCCAACCAGAUUUGGGACACCGCCUAGGUUCGGCACACCUCCUCCCCAGAAUUAUGGAGUGAAUAUCCCUAGCUCCGCAAACCCUCCACAAUCGCCUUCCCGAGCACAGAGUAUAUAUGGAUCCUUUGACUCCCGGCAGCCGGUAGAAGACCCAGAGGUUGUGAGACGGCAUCUAGUCACCGACGAUAUCAUAUCAAAUUCGCCGGCAUUUGGCCAAGCGAGUGGAGGAGUCUUGGAUACGGAGUUUUCGUCAUUGCAGCUUCAGGGUGGGGAUAUAACACGUCCGAUCUACCGUUAUGUAGAGAGUAUUGAGAAUAAUGGCGGCCGCCGGAGUCGCUCGCGGUCUUUUCAUGUUCCGCGUCCUGAGCCAGAUGAUGAUACUUUAAAUAUCAGUAAUAUCAAGCAAAUCGGUGGGUUUAGAAGAAAUUACAUCCGUCGCGUGGAGGGUGCUAGUCCUGCGCCUGGGCACAGUUACGGACAUGCAAUGCCGAUUAGGCGACCAUUUUUAACGAGAAACUUCAUCGAAUUCUUGACAUUGCACGGGCAUUUUGCCGGUGAAGAUUUGGAGGAAGAGGAUGAGGAGGGGUGGACGAGUGAUGAAGCCUUGAUCGAACAAGGCGGGAGAGAUGAUAUCCCCGAUGGCAUCGAGGAAGGGAGUGCAUUACUUGGAAGACCAAGGACCGCGCGAAGGAAAAGUAUUUCUCACCAAGGAACGGCGGGGUCUGGAAAGGCAGCACUUUUGCUGUUAAAGAGUUUUGUUGGCACUGGUGUGCUAUUUCUGCCCAAAGCCUAUUCAAACGGUGGGAUGGUAUUCUCCAACAUUGUUCUCCUCUUGACAGCACUGUUGUCUUACUACUGCUUCGUGCUGUUGGUAAGAACUCGUCUAAAGAUAGCCGGAAGUUUUGGAGAUAUCGGGGGUAUCCUAUACGGUCCCAAGAUGCGACUCACUAUUCUAUCCUCGAUUAUCGUAUCCCAAAUUGGGUUUGCCGCUGCCUAUAUUGUCUUUACCGGAGAGAAUCUUCAGGCCUUUAUUUAUGCGGUCACUAAAGGGGAAAUGCAUCUUGACAUAAAAUGGCUUAUCCUGCUCCAGUUGGUGGUCUUCCUCCCAAUGUCGAUGAUCCGUGACAUGGCGAAACUUGGAUUCACGGCUCUUAUUGCCGAUUUCUUCAUUAUGCUUGGUCUUGUCUACCUUUACUAUUACGACUUCUUCACUCUGGCAUCAGAGGGUGUCAGUGACAUCGUUUCGUUCAAUUCUGAAAACUGGACAUUGUUUAUUGGAACAGCAAUUUUUACGUUCGAAGGUAUUGGAUUGAUCAUCCCAAUUCAGGAGACCAUGCAGAGGCCCGAGAAGUUCCCGAAAGUAUUGGGAGGUGUUAUGGUUAUCAUAACUGUUAUUUUCCUUAGCAUGGGAGCGUUCAGUUACGCCGCAUAUGGUAGCAAUACUAAGACCGUGAUCAUCCUAAACUUACCACAGGAUGACAAGUUUGUCAACGGCGUCCAAUUCCUAUAUUCACUUGCCAUUCUCCUCUCUACGCCCCUACAGCUCUUCCCUGCCAUUCGUAUUAUGGAAACCGGCCUCUUUCCUCGUAGCGGAAAAAACAAUACCACUGUCAAAUGGCAAAAGAAUGGAUUUCGCUUCAUCACUGUCUUUGUUACGGCCCUUAUCGCAUGGGGUGGCGCGGAUGAUCUUGACAAAUUUGUUGCCCUCAUUGGAAGUUUCGCGUGCAUCCCGUUGGUGUAUAUUUACCCACCGCUGCUUCAUAGCAGGGCCUAUGACACGAGUCGUUUCAUGAAGGUGGCAGAUAUGUCGCUGGUUGUGUUUGGGUUCUGUGUUAUGGCCUAUACGACCACUUUGACAGUUCAGAAGUGGAGGGACCCGAAUCAAUAA